AUGACGUCUAUCGCCGCCCUCAUAGAAGCCCUCACGAAAUAUGUGGCUUCAGCGAGAGUGGUGACGUCUUUUGACGUUCUGGGCGUCACAAUCUUCGUUUAUGAUUACUUCUUAACGUUAGGAAUGGAGGUCGAGUUCGUGUGGUCAUCAAAAUGGGGCUUUAUGAAGGUGCUUUAUCUCCUCCAACGAUACUUGCCGUUCUUGGACUCUGUCUGUUUGUGUUUGAUGCAUCAGUUGUCAGCAGACAUCGAUACGAGGGUCUGUCUUAUCGUUGAAAGCGCGCGCGGUUGGUUGAUGAUCAUUGGUUUCGCACUUUCGGAACUGAUUCUGACGCUGCGCGCAUGGGCAGUGUGGGAGCGGAGUAUGAGGGUCGGGAUAUUCCUGUCCGUCCUAUUCACCCUCACCCUUGCGGCAGAACUGGCCGUAACGAGGCUUUUCCUCCACGGUUUACGUUUCAGUGAAAAACCUUAUCCAGAAUUUGUUGGGUGUUUUAUAACUGGCGCAAAUCACCUGGUGUCUUUCAAUUGGAUUGUUUUAAUGAUAUAUGAAGCUGUGACGUUAGUAUUAAUGAUAAUUCCUGCAAUCGCUGCAUACAGAAACGGAGGAAACAUUCCUUUUUAUCAUGUCAUUUAUAGGGACGGAUUAAUGGUAUAUGUAUACUUAUUCACAUUUUCAAUAAUAAACGUCGUUGUCGUCAACACCCUUCCCGUAAGACACACAAAUAAUUUGCGCUACCGACGGCGGCUAAAAUGGUUUCACAGGAAGAGUAUAUCGAUCUGCUCUCAUCAGUGGAACGUGUACUCCAUUCAAUGUUGA